GAUAGUUUGAGCUAUCAUGUGGAUAAAUUGGUUAGCCUUCUGUUUGACAGUUUGUCAAUUGAUAUUCCAAGGCAAAGCAGGAUUCACUCGGGGAACGUGUGAGAUGUCUACCUCGGAAAGAACAGACUGUGGUUUUCCUUCAAAGCAACAAUGCGAGGCGAACGACUGUUGUUAUGAUGAUCAGACGUCUAAUGUUCCAUGGUGCUUUAAAAAGAAACGUAUUUCCAUGGUAGACUGUGAUUUUGAAAAUAGUUACCAAUGCGGUUACACAGUCCUCGAAGGUCACCCACUUGCAAAGUUUUAUAUAACAACGGGGAAGAGUUAUGCACGACAGCAAUCAAGUUCAGCUGGGGUGCCAUCAAGUAGCCAAGGAACCUGGUACGUCUUUAUGCACUGUGACGACGCGCCUGCAUAUUCCUUCACAUCGUAUAUUAGUCCUGAAGAACAACCAGUGUUUAAGAAAUGCCUAAAGUUCUCUUACCACAUGUAUGGUGAUCAGGUGUUUCUGUUGAAAGUUUUCGUCAAGACUGCCUUAGGAUGGGGCGAGGCUAUUUGGAUACAGCAUUCAAACCGCGGACCAAACUGGCAAACGGCCACAGUUCCAUUUACCUCCUUCCAGCCAUUUCAGAUUGCUUUCCAGGCGCAUCUGGGUACUCCCUAUCGUUGUGAUAUUGGUCUUGAUGACAUCAAAAUUGUAGAUUGCCCGGAUGAAGUCCUGGGCAACACAAACUCUCGUGAACCAUGGACUCAGUGGAAAACUUGUAAUCAGAGUUGUGGUGCCAACUAUCGAUCACGUGCUAGAUUUUUGUUUUCACGUGAAACGAAGCAAGCUUACGAUUUCAAUUAUCAAAUACGAUACGAGACCGCGGAUAAAUUAUGUCCAGAGGAACAUCGCUUGUACUUCGAUGACUUGAAAGAUGGGAAAUUUUCUGAUGAAUAUGGAGAUGCAAGCGCUACAGUCAACUCUGGUCCUAUUGGUGAUAACAUCUUAGAUAUUAAGACUGGGCAGGAAAGCGUAAUGAUCACAUUUCCUCACGAUUCGUGUAUUUUUGGCGUUAAAAAUUGCGAAGAUGGCUUCACCAUGUCAUUUUGGAUCCAAUUACAACAUAGUCCAGCUGGAUUAAAUAUUUUUUCCCCGGAAAGCAAGUAUGGACUAAAGGUGACGUCACUUGAUCGCACCACGGUGGGGAUAAUCAUGGAUGUCAAGGGUAAACAAUGGAACAUGAACGCCAGUAUUACAACUCUCGCAUGGUCGCACGUUGCAAUCACGUGGAGCGCAUGUCAUGGUUUGACUUACUAUGAAAAUGGUCACGUGAAAGAACACUCGGGAGUUUUCAAAACUGUGCUCGGAGACAGCGCUGGUGAACUUGGAGUUAAGAAACUGUUUGUUGGAAAAUCAGGGUCCACUGCCGGCGCCAUCUUCUCAAUGGUUGAAUUAGUUAUUUGGAGUGGGAUGUUAUCACCCGCAGAUAUUAAAGCUUUGUACACCGAAGGCAUGUUUAUUUCAAAUCUGUUCCUAUCCCACUCGAAAAUAUUCUCUUUGAUGGUCCAGUGA